GUGUAUACCCAGGGUAUGACAACCACUUCCGUGUUGACAGAACCCCGGUCACGAUACGUGUUAUAAGAUUUCCUUCUGUUUAAGGAUAAUAUUAGAUCGCAGCAGUCCUGGAGAGGCAACAGUCGUUUAGGAACCGCUAGUUUUUCCUCUGCUUGGCAGAGAAAAUCGCUGGAAACCCGCUGAGACGUCAACAAUACCUGUUUGGGUCAGGUACACAGAGAUGACGGCAAAGAACAGCCCAGAAGCGAUCGUCGGCGACCUCAGGGACUUCUCGCGCAGCUUCUCGGCGCUCUUCAACAACCCGGAGAUGAGUGACGUGGUGCUGGUGGUGGGCGAGCAGCGUUUCCACGCGCACAAGCUGAUCCUGACGUCCCAGAGCGACGUGUUCCGCACCAUGCUGACCAGCAGCCUGUGGGACGUGGCGCGGCAGCCCGAGGUCCAGCUCCACGAGAGCGCCGAGUGCGAGAGGGUCUUCCAGAACUUCCUGCGCUUCUUCUACCAGGGCCAGGUGAACUGUACCCUGGAGACCGCCAUGCCGCUGCUCCUGCUGGCAGACAAGUACAACGUCAACGCCCUGAAGGUGGCGUGCGAUAACUUCAUGACAACACAGCUGGGUCGGGGAGAGUUCGCGCCGGCGCUGCAGUGGCUGCCGUACUCCAUCGCGUUCCGCCUGGAGAGCCUGCGGGUGAAGUGCGUGGACAUCAUCGUGCCCAACAUGUCCCUGGUGCUGAACUCCAACACGUGGCUGCAGCUGCCUCUGGACUGCAUCGUCCACAUCCUGCAGAGUUCCCGUCUGGCCGUGGAGAACGAGUACAUGAUAUUUGAAGCCGUGAUGAAGUGGGUGCAGCAAGAAGCCAGAAGACACCAGAUGCAGGACCUGCUGUCCUCCAUCGUGCCUGAGGUCAGGUUCUCCCAGAUGACGGCGGGUCACCUGUGGCUGGUGGAGCAGAUCUGUGUCAGGUACGGCAGUAACGGGAAGCUGAUGGCAGGACUGCAGGAGGCACACAGGUACAGGUCACUGGUCGCCUUCGCCGAGGAGGAGGGACGAGACAAACUGGAGCUCAGCCAGAGUUUCUCAGACAGAAGGUUUUUCCCCCGGGAGUACACGGCCAGUAGUGGUGAGGCAUGGGCGUGGCUGGACUGGAGUUUGCCGUGUCCCGGAGCACCAGACUACGCAGCCCUGAACCCUACACAGCCAGCAGGUUACAGGAAGCAGAAGUUCAUGUCCAACUCACACCUGACCAGGGUGGGACAGUGGCAGGUCACGUUCAUCGCACAGCGAGACGGGAGUCUCUCCGCAUCCAUGUACUGUACACAGAACAGGACCAUACGACCCACCCUAAUGAGGUUCGUCGUUUGCGACAAACAAGGCGAGCCUAGUUACAUCAUCCACAAGGUGAGCGCGGUGGACGUGACGGUGGCAAACGUGGUGAGCGGGGAGAAAGCGCGGGAAAUCGUCAAUGAGGAGGGCAAACUCAGGAUAGGCGUAUUUGUCAGGGACCUGGAGUAAAGACAAGGCACACUGUUAAUAAACCGUCUUAUGAAACGGAUAACAUCAUUAACAAUGUUAAAGCAAUGCCUUCAGUGCCUUUAUACUGAUUUGCAAUUGGAAGUGAACUGAGGUUAGUUAUAUGCCUCAGACUAUCAUUUGAAAUUUGUAUUAAUUCUACAACACAAAUCUUGUCGGUACGAUAGUGUUCUAGCCCUACUCUUCGCAACAUUUGCUUUUGUCGAUCGCGUAGUGAAUGUGUACUGGACUACCUGUAUUAGGAGGCAAACUUUCAGACCAUGACUUUGUAACAUUUUCAAUGGCACAUUUACCGUAUCUGCUGAUGUCAUAGUUUACACUGAAAUAUCCAAAGAUUUACUACCUGUUCUGGUCACAAUUAUUCAAUGGGACUUGAAUGGCCAUGGAAAAAAAUGUUUCUGACUUCAGUCCUGUAAAAUAAAUGGGUAGGGAUUACUUUUCCUUCACCCUAGGAUGUUAGAAUAAGAGAUUAUUGAAAUAAGAGUACUAGUAGCAACAUGUCACACAUCGUCAUUAUUUUGUAUUAAUUGUCCUUAUGCAAUCUUUCAGGCAAGAAUUUGCAAUAAACUUAUUUAUUAAUCAAAA